AUGCGUUUUAUAAGCGGCGGCGGCAGCAACGAAGGGCACGAGCAUGCCGUCAGAACAAGGUUCCUCUACCUUUUAUCGAUUCUUCUUCUUUCUCCUACCUUUGUUCGUUUCUUUUGUUUUCCCCCUCUGCUUCGGUUGCUUACAUUAGCUCACUUACACCCCGGUUUGCGCUGUCUCUCUCUCACCUUGUUCUACGUCUUUCUUUCGUUCUCUCUCUCGUACUCCCGUCUCUCUCUCUCUCUCUCUCUCUCUCUCUCUCUCUCUCUCUCUCUCUCUCUCUCUCUCUCUCUCUCUCUCUCUCUCUCUCUCUCUCUCUCUCUCUCUCUCUUCUCUCUCUCUCUCUCUCUCUCUCUCUCUCUCUCUCUCUCUCUCUCUCUCUCUCUCUCUCUCUCGUUCUCGCUCUCGCGUUCUCUCUCUCGUUCUGUCCCUCUCUCGUUCACUCUCUCUUUCUCUCGUUUUCUCUCUCUCUUAUUCUCUUUCUCUCAUUUUCUCUCUCGUUCUCCCUCUUUCUUCCUUUCCACUUCCUAA